GACCUUCUCGCUUUUCCACGCUCCCUUACGAGCGCGUGUAGGACGCGUGUAGGAGGAGGGGCGGCCCUUUCCAUAUUAAAUCGCGCCAUUAAUCAUUGAAGGCAGAAGCGUGUGGUGUCCGUCGAUUUGUCACAUCAAAAUAAACGUCGCGCCGAAUGAAGUUCGUCCGAACGUUCGUAUCUGAAAACGAUUCUUCGUGUUUUGUGUCGCAUGCCAACGACACUCUCGCAGUAAAUUGCGCGUGUGUGUACGCACACGCGGAAGAAAUGUCGUGUGCGAAACGUACCGAGCUUGCGAGCGAGCAGUUGCGGAAUGUCUGCGCGCGGAUAAGCAGAAUCGUCGGCAUUCCAGCACAAGAGUCGAAGGGCAGGAACAAGUACAGCCGUGAAACGGAACCUGGACCAGAUCGGCGGCGGACAUCUCGUGCGAGACACCGACAAGCAAUUGCGACGUCUAUUGGGAGACGAACAUUUGAUCGAAAACCCGAACUUCAUCAGACACGGACUUCCGCUAGCCUCCGAUCAACUUCGCGACGGAAAUGUCCACAACUUUUCGAUCGAAUCCGAAGUAUUCAUAGAUCCGAUGAAUCGUCAAUCAUUCCGCACGGUGCGAAUCUACAACGGCAAGCUGCCCGCGACUUCGACUGACGACUUCGAUUCUAACGCCGAGCAGCCGAGCAGUCAACAAUUCGCAGCUCAGCUUGCCGAUCGCGACAUGUUGAAGAGUUACAAACAAGUCGCGAAGAAUCUCGACCAGAUCGGCAGCGGGCAUUUCGUGAGAAAUCUCGAUCAAAUCGGUGGCGGACAUCUUGUUAGAAAUUUAGAUCAAAUUGGCGGCGGGAACCUUAUGCGAAAUUUAGAUCAGAUUGGCGGCGGGAAUCUAGUGCGAAAUUUAGAUCAGAUCGGCGGCGGACAUCUCGUUAGAAACUUGGACCAGAUCGGUGGCGGAAAUCUCGUGCGAAAUUUGGACCAGAUUGGCGGCGGGCACCUCGUGCGAAAUCUGGAUCAGAUCGGCGGCGGGAAUCUCGUGAGAAGUUUCGAGUGAUCUCGCAGCGAGAUGGAAGCCG